AUGAUGUCUUGGUCCAUCCCCAAAUGUUUCGUUGGCAACGUCAUCAGCAUGGAAUUACAAUUUAUCAAAGUGACAAGUGGAGGCAAGCCCCUUGACCAAUUUUCUGUUCAACUGUUGUGGCAUCACUCGCCGCCUCUUUUUUUUGUUAUACCUUCUAGUGCUGCAUCUCGUUCUCUCAACCCCACUUCAUAUGAUCAAGCUACCGAUUCGCACAAUUAUGUGCUCUCGUUGUUGCUACGAUUGGGCUUAGUGAAGCGUAAUCAUCUUCACCACCAGUACCAGGUGCCGUUUGCACUAUUCCUUUUCUCCAUGCAGCACCACCCCUCCUACCCCUUUUGUCAAUUGGUCGCUGCUAGACAUCAAAAUAAAACCUAUGAAAUAUGA